AUGGUCGGAUCAACUCGGUCCAAUUGAACGCGUUGCGUCGCGUAAAUAGAAAUCCUUGGCUGAUCCUUGAUUGGAAGACGACUAGGCCGCACCAUGCAGAACCGACAGAAUCCCAAUCGGGAGAUCAGCAUUCCCAGCUUCACCUCAAUAUGCGGCGCGCGCCGGCCAUGCGAGAAGAUGAAGAUGCAGUACACCCGUCCCAAACCAGACGUCCUGCACAGUAUCCUGCAAUCGAAGGCCAAUCCCGACUACAAGGCCCGCCGCCUCUGGUAUGAACUGAACAUGCCCGAAUGCGCCAGCUCCCUGCUGGACGGCAAGAUGCAGUCCGACCUGCCCGACAGCAUCCUCUGCCCCAAGAAACAGAAGACCGGCAAGAAAGGACAAAAGCGCGAUACAGCGCCCAAGGCCAACUACAUGACCAUGCGCCUGGAGCGGGAGCACUUCCGCCGCAAGCUGGUCGAGCUCAUCCUCCACAUGGACGAUGACCAGGACCCUAACGCUGGCACAAGCUUUCCCGACAAGGAUGAGCGGGAGGUGCUGCGAUAUUACUACUAUAUUAAGCACGGCAUAGACACCAUCCAUGUGUCGCCGUUGAGCAAAAAAAUCUUAAAGAGAGUCACCGAGCUGGUGCCACCGGUGCUCUUCAAAUGGCAGUCCGCCCUGAACGAGAACAUCGCGGAGGUGCGGGCGGACUAUGUGUUCGCCAUGAAGAAGGCUGUCGUGGACUUUGUCCUGCGCCACACUGUCCUGGACCGGCUGACCAAGGAGGGUGGUGUGGGCAAGGUGGAAACACCAGAACGAGCAGAGGUUAAGAAAAUGACCAAUUUCUGGCGUUAUCGCUAUGAUGAGAAUCGCAAUGUCCUGAUGAAGACCCUCUUCUGCAUACAUCGAAGUGUGGCCAACAUCCUGGAGCUGUGGAGCAUCAAGUACAAGGACACCACCUUCAUCAAUAGCAAGGAACUGGGCAAGAACGAGGCACCGUUCGCCCUAUUCGCUUUUGUGUAUGCUUGUGGAGCCAACAUCGAUGCCGGCAAGACCUUGCUGGAGGAGAGUUGGUACGGCGAGAUCCACUCCUCCCUGCUGAAGGCUAGCAAACGCGGCCAGUUGCCAGACAUCCGGCGCUUCACCCUGGUGAAGAGAUUCUUCAACUGUGUCGCCGCUCUGAUGACCCAGCAGCUGGAGGACAUUUGCAUACGGAGCCUCAAGGCCUACGCAGACUUCAUCUGCGACUAUGGACACUCCAAUCCAGGCUUCGAGAUAAGUGUGAUCUUGGCCGACGAGGACACGAUACAAUUCAACCCAAGUUUUUCCAAGAUUCAGAGCGAACUCCUGCGUGUGAUUGACUCAAUCCUGCAGAGCAUUCAGAUGCAUCCGCGGAUCGAGAGCAAACUAUAUACAGACUUGGUGGUGUCCAAGAAGAUUUUCCUCACUCCCAACGUGCCGGACAGUAUUGUCCAGGAGACAAAGAACCGAAUUUGCGCCAUGCUGGAGGAGCAGCGCAUCGGUCCGGAGCUGCGUCUGCAGGACUUUGAUCCCUUUAUUGACCUCAUUAACGGCAGUGAUGCGGAGCGGGUGGCCAACUUCAUGGAGAGCGAGGCCACCUUCGAUCAGUAUUCGGAGAUGGUGUACGAGUACCGGGAGAAGGAGGAUCGCAUUGCCAAAGAGGUGUGGGCUGUUAUCCGGAUGGGAUUCUACGAGUUCCAUCGGGACAAGUUUAUUACUCAUUUAGAGACCCUAUGCCGGCAGCUGCAGUUGGAUUUGUUGGCCAGAAUGGUCACUGAUCAGCAGGCCAGGAUCUCGCGGUUGGGCAAGGAAUACGAUGCCAUUGCCAAGAAGGCUCUGACUGUGCCGAAGGACACGGCUGAGCUGAUGGAGCUGAAGGCGUAUGUGGUACACGCCGAGGAGAAUCUUGCGCCGGAAAUGGAAGCCAGACUGAAGGUGAACAUGGGCGAAAUCCUUUGGUUGAUGGAUCACACGCUGUACUCUCCGCUGGAGAUCAAGAACAACAGCAACUCCUUCCAGUGGUACCUGAAGUUGCCCUCCAUCUUCGAGCAGCAUCGUGCCAUCAUAGCCGAGAAGAUAAUCGAGUACCAGGAGCUGCUGAAGAAGCGCAUCGAGCUGUUCCGCCGAGAAUUGCAGACCUACUACGAACAGGUCCAGACCUACGACACCUGGGGCGACUUUAAGCAGCUCAGCCGGUACAAGAAGCGAGCUGGGGUCCUGGAUCAGCGCCUGGUACAGGCCAUGGAGACCAUCGAUCAGAUCAACGAGGAGGAGACCUCCUACGGCUGGGACCUCUCCCAGUACCCGGUGCGCAAGAAGGCCCACGACCAGCUGAAACCCUACAAGACGCUGUUCGACGCGGGUCAGGACUUCAUGGACAAGUGGGACCUGUGGAUGCACUCCCAAGUGGGCUCGUUCGAUCCCGACGAGAUAGACACGGAUGUCUCGAACUUCUACCGCGUCAUCCAGAAGCUGGAUAAGCAGAUGGGCGAGCACCCCAUGACCAUGCAGCUCAUCCAGGACGUCAAGAACCAGAUCGAAGCCUUCCGCGAACACAUGCCGAUCAUCAACACUCUGGGCAACCCGGGCAUGAAGGCUCGCCAUUGGGAGCUCGUGUCGGAGAUUAUCGGGUUCCCCAUCAAGGUGUCGCCCGAGCUCACGCUGGAGAAGAUCAUCGAGUACCAGCUGGACGAGUAUGUGCCCAAGUUCGAGGCCAUUUCGGAAAGUGCCACCAAGGAGAACAACCUGGAGCGAGCAAUGGCCAAGAUGGUCAACGAAUGGGAAGGCGUGGAGUUCUCCGUUUCGCCCUACAGGGAUUCUGGAACCUUCAAGCUGGCUGCCGUGGACGACAUCCAAAUCCUGCUGGACGAUCAAAUAAUCAAGACCCAGACCAUGAAGAGUUCUCCCUACAUCAAACCCUUCGAGGCGGACAUAAUCAAGUGGGAGGCCAAGCUCAUGCUGCUGCAGGAGAUUCUGGACGAGUGGCUGCGCGUGCAAGCCACCUGGAUGUAUUUGGAGCCCAUCUUCAGCAGCCCGGACAUUCAACAGCAGAUGCCCGAGGAGGGACGACGAUUCAGUGCCGUGGAUAAGAUAUGGAAAGAGUUGAUGAAACAGGUGGCCAGCGAUCCGAAAGUCAUGGUCGUGGUGCAGAUCGACAAGAUGAACGACAAGCUCAAGAAGGCCUACAGCCUGCUGGAGGUCAUCCAGAAGGGUCUCAACGCCUACCUGGAGAAGAAGCGUCUGUACUUCCCUCGCUUCUUCUUCCUCUCGAACGACGAGUUGCUGGAGAUCCUGUCCGAGACGAAGGACCCUAUGCGUGUCCAGCCUCACCUAAAGAAGUGCUUCGAGGGCAUCGCCACGCUCAACUUCACGGAGGAGCUGGACGUCACGGCCAUGCGAUCCUCGGAGCGCGAGGAGGUUAUCCUGGUGGACAUCAUCUCGACAUCAAAGGCCCGUGGCCAAGUGGAGAAGUGGCUGCUCGAGUUGGAGAUCGACAUGAAGAAGAGUUUGCAUCACAAGGUCUCAGAGGCCUUCUACAGCUAUGUGAAGAUGGUGCGACACGUUUGGGUGCUCACCUGGCCUGGCCAGAGUGUCCAGUCCAUUUCGCUGACCUACUGGACUCUGGAGAUCACCGAGUGCUUCGAGAGUGAAGAUCCCAAAGGCAACCUAGCCAAGUAUCUGCAAAAGUGCAUCCAGCAGAUCAACAAGAUUGUGGACUUGGUGCGCGGAGACCUCAACACCCAGAAUCGGAUUACUCUGGGCGCACUCGUGGUGCUGGAUGUCCAUGCCCGCGAUGUGCUGGCCGAAAUUGUGGCUAAUGGAGUGGAGGAUUUGCAGGACUUCCAAUGGCUUUGCCAGCUGCGUUACUACUGGGAGGAUAACAACCUGGACACACGCAUGAUCAACUGCUCGCUGCCCUAUGGCUAUGAGUACCUUGGAAACACUCCUCGUCUGGUGGUCACUCCGCUGACGGAUCGUUGCUACCGCACCUUGUUUGCAGCCCUGAAUCUGCAUUUGGGCGGUGCUCCCGAAGGUCCUGCCGGCACUGGCAAGACGGAGACUACCAAGGAUUUGGCCAAGGCCGUUGCCAAGCAGUGUGUUGUGUUCAAUUGCUCCGAUGGCUUGGAUUACCUAGCCCUGGGUAAGUUCUUCAAGGGAUUGGCUUCUUGUGGAGCCUGGUCCUGCUUCGACGAGUUCAACCGCAUCGAUCUGGAGGUGUUGUCGGUGGUGGCUCAGCAGAUUCUAACCAUUCAGCGGGGCAUCAACUCUGGUAGUCCUACGCUGAUCUUUGAGGGCACCACCUUGACGUUGGAUCCCACUUGUGCCGUGUUUAUUACCAUGAAUCCAGGUUACGCUGGAAGAUCCGAAUUACCAGACAACUUGAAGGCACUGUUCCGUUCCGUGGCCAUGAUGGUGCCGGACUAUGCUUUGAUCUCUGAGAUCGAAUUGUACUCCUACGGUUUCCUUACCGCCAAGCCGCUUUCCGUAAAGAUCGUGGCCACCUAUCGACUCUGUUCGGAGCAGUUGAGUACCCAGUGCCACUACGAUUACGGAAUGCGAGCCGUAAAAUCUGUACUGAAAGCAGCCGGUGCCUUGAAGCUUCGCUACCGCGACGAAAACGAGAAUAUUCUAGUGUUGCGCUCCAUCAAGGACGUCAAUUUGCCAAAGUUCUUGAACCAGGAUAUUCCCCUCUUCCAGGGCAUCACCUCCGAUUUGUUCCCGGGUACUGUGUUACCCGAAGCGGACUAUGUCCUCUUCAAUCGUUGCACCCAGCAAGCCUGCGAGAAACAAAACAAACAAUGUACUCCUUUUGUUUUGGAGAAAGUUCAACAGUUGUACGAGAUGAUCGUGGUGCGACAUGGCCUGAUGUUGGUGGGCUAUCCUUUUGGCGGGAAAUCUACAACGUACCGUGUCCUAGCAGAGGCACUGGAAUGCAUGGAGAAGACGGAUGGUUCCGAGAACAAAGCCAUUUACACGGUGAUCAACCCAAAGGCUAUUACCAUGGGCCAGCUGUACGGCCAGUUCGAUGCGGUGUCCCAUGAGUGGAGCGAUGGCAUUCUGGCGGUCAACUAUCGAAUCUUUGCCGUGUCGGAUUCGCCGGACCGCAAGUGGCUGAUCUUCGAUGGGCCGGUGGACGCCAUUUGGAUCGAGAACAUGAACACUGUACUGGACGACAACAAGAAGCUCUGUCUGAUGUCCGGCGAGAUUAUCCAGCUAUCAAACACCACGAAUCUGGUGUUUGAGCCCAUGGACUUGGAGGUGGCCUCCCCGGCCACAGUGUCCAGAUGCGGAAUGAUCUAUCUGGAGCCUAGUUCAUUGGGAUGGGAGCCUUUGGUGGCCUCGUGGAAGAACACUCUGCCCGCCGCCUUCCACACGGUCAGCAAGCAACUGAUAUCGAUGCUGGUCUCACGCUUCUGCCCCAUCCUGCUGUACAUUGUGCGGAAAGGCUUGAGGGAGAUCGCCCCCACGUCGGACGCCAACCUAAUGGUCAGCCUGAUGAACUUCUUCGAGUGCUUCAUAGACGACUUCAGGGACGAGAAGUAUGUGGCUAACAUAUCGGACUUGGAUUUCCGGGCCCAGACCGAGGGUAUAUUCCUGUUCUCUUGCAUUUGGGCCCUCGGCGGAGCCUUGGAUGCUGACAGCCGUGAGAAGUUUAACAUUGUGUUCAGAGCUCUCAUGGAGAAGACGUUCCCGGAAAGUCUGUACGAGAUGUAUGGUGUCACCGAGGACCUCUACGUGGAGACCCUGCCCAAGCCGUUCAUAUUCCCGAUACCCAAGCAGGGUUCGGUGUUCGAUUAUAGGUACAUCAAGGAGGGCAAGGGCAAGUGGAAGCCUUGGCAGGACGAUGUCAACUCGGCGCCGCCCAUUCCUCGCGAUAUUCCCGUCAAUCAGAUCAUCAUCCAAACCAACGAGAGCGUUCGAAUCGGUGCUGUUUUGGACCUCCUGGUGCGCCACGGAAAGCCCCUGAUGUUGGUGGGCCCCACCGGCACAGGGAAGAGUGUCUACGUGAUCGACUACAUGCUGAAGAAAAUGGAUUUGUCCGUAUACAAGCCCCUGCUGAUCAGUUUCUCGGCCCAGACCUCCGCCAACCAGACACAGGACAUCAUCAUGUCCAAGUUGGACAAACGACGGAAGGGCGUCUUCGGUCCACCGCUCAACAGCCGUUUCGUGAUCUUCGUGGACGAUGUUUCCAUGCCUUUGAAGGAGAACUACGGCGCCCAGCCUCCCAUUGAGCUGCUCCGGAUGAUGCUCGACCACAUGAUGUGGUACGACCGGAAAAACAUAAUCCCCAUGAAACUGAUUGAUCUGCAGAUGAUCACGGCCAUGGGUCCUCCUUCCACAGGCAACACGGUGACGCCUCGUUUCCAGCGAUUCUUUAACGUUAUAGGCAUCGAUGACUUCAACAACGAGAUCAUGACCACGAUUUUCAGUAAGAUCGUCCUCUGGCACUUGGACACUAGGGGCUUCUCCAAGGAGUUCGAUCCUUGCAUUGACGAGAUCGUGGGUGCCACUCUGACCAUUUACAAUGACGCCAAACUGAAUCUGCUUCCCACCCCCGCCAAGUCGCACUAUCUCUUCAACUUACGCGAUUUCUCGAGGGUUAUUCAGGGGGUUCUGCUGUCCGUGCCGGAGGCGACCGAGGAUGUGAACUCCAUGCGGCGACUGUGGGUGCAUGAGGUGCUGCGGGUGUAUGGCGAUCGUUUGGUGGAGGAUGGGGAUCGUACCUGGCUGUUCGAAAACCUUUGCUCCACAGUGAAGAGCUCCUUCAAUACGGAUCCCUCGCGGCUGUUCGGCCGCUUGGUGGAGAAGGACAAACAGCUGCAGGAGUCCGACUUCCGGCAGCUUAUCUACUGUGACUUCACCAACCCGAAGGCGGACACCAAGAACUAUGUGGAGGUGCAGGACCUGGAGGAACUGCGGCGUGUGGUUGAGGCGUAUCUGGUGGAGUAUAACAACAUGUCGAAGAAGCCCAUGAAUCUGGUGCUUUUCCGCUUCGCCAUUGAGCAUUUGUCGCGCAUAUGCCGCAUCAUAAAGCAGCCGAGGAGCCAUGCUCUGCUCAUCGGGGUCGGAGGAUCCGGACGCCAGAGCUUGACUCGAUUGGCUUCGCAUAUAUGCGACUAUGAGCUGUUCCAGGUGGAAAUCACGCGAUUGUAUGGGCCGUACGAAUACCACGAGGACAUCAAGGCCAUCCUACGCAAAAUUGGGGCAUCCGAGAUGCACGGCGUCUUCCUCUUUACGGACGUUCAGAUCAAAGACGAAUCCUUCCUGGAGGACAUCAACAAUUUGCUCAACUCCGGCGAAGUGCCCAAUCUGUUCUCCAAUGAAGAGAAGAUCGAAGUGGUGGAGAAGAUGGCCCAGAUUGACAAGCAGAGGGACAAAGCUGUCCAAACCGAUGGCUCUCCAGUGGCUCUCUUUAACUUUUUCGUCACGACCUGUAAAGACCAGCUCCACAUUGUGCUGGCCAUGUCGCCCAUUGGAGAGGCUUUGAGAACCCGCAUCCGAAAGUUCCCUUCGAUCGUCAACUGCUGUACCAUUGAUUGGUUCCAACCCUGGCCAGAGGAUGCUCUGCUGGCGGUGUCAUCUCGUUUCCUGGCCAGCGAGGAUCUGACUGCCCUGGAACGUCGCACAGCCAUCGAUAUGUGCAUGGAGUUCCACAUCUCCACCCAGAUCUUGUCCGCCAAAUUCUUCUCGAGACUGCACCGCUACAACUAUGUCACCCCGACCUCGUAUCUGGAGUUGAUUCAGACCUUUAAGGCGCUGCUGAGUCAAAAGAGAAACAACAUUACCACGAACCGAAACCGCUACUUGACUGGCAUUUCUCAGCUGGACAUUGCUGCCCAGCAGGUGGCUGUGAUGCAGGAGCAGUUGAUUGCCCUAGAGCCCAAGCUGAAGGAGGCAUCCGAGAUUGUGGCCGAGCAGGUUGCCAAAGUCACGGCGGACAGCAAGCUGGCCGAGGAGCAGAGAGAAAUAGUCAAGAUGGACGAGAUGGCUGCCAAGGAACAGGCGGCGGUGGCCCAGGAAAUCAAAGAGGAGUGCGAUGCGAAACUGGGUGAAGCCCUGCCCAUUCUUGAGUCAGCCCUGGCCGCCUUGAACACCCUGACCACUGCCGAUAUUGCUGUGGUCAAGACCAUGAAGAGCCCGCCCAUUGGCGUGAAGAUUGUGAUGGAAGCCGUUUGUAUUCUCAAAGACGUGAAGCCGGAUAAGGUGCCUAAUCCGAGUGGCGUGGGCACUGUGGAGGAUUACUGGGGGCCCUCGAAACGUGUGCUCAGCGACAUGAAGUUCCUGGACAGUCUGCUCAACUUCGAUAAGGAUAAUAUUCCGCCCGAGGUGAUGAAGAAGUUGGGUCAGCGAAUUCUCAACAACGAGGCAUUCGAUCCGGAUAAGAUUAAGAGCGCCUCGACGGCCUGCGAAGGUUUGUGCCGUUGGGUCAUCGCCUUGACCAAAUACGACGUGGUGGCCAAGGUGGUGGCGCCCAAAAAGAUUGCCCUGGCGGAGGCCGAGGCCACCUACAAUGCGGCCAUGAAGACGCUCAACGAGAAGCUGGCCCAGUUGGCCAGGGUGGAGGCCAAUCUGGCAGCCAUCCAGAAGAUACUAGACGAGCAGCUGCGUCAAUACGGAAUCUUGCUGGCGGAGCACGAGGCUUGCACCAAGAAAUUGCAGCGUGCCCAGGAGCUCAUCUCUGGGUUGGGCGGCGAAAGGACUCGGUGGUCGGAGACGGCCAAAAACCUACAGGCUAGCUUCAAGAGCGUCACCGGGGACGUGCUGAUCUCGUCCGGCGUGGUGGCCUAUUUGGGACCCUUCACCAUUGAUUUUCGACUGGACCAGAUAAAGGCGUGGGUGAAAAAGUGCCUCGAUUAUGGUGUAACCUGCACCCCCGACUUCCAGCUGGCCGUGGUCCUCGGAGAACCGGUUGAGAUUCGUUUUUGGAACAUAUGCGGCCUGCCCACGGACGCCUUCUCAGUGGAGAGUGCCAUUAUGAUGAAGAAUGCCCGCCGCUGGCCUCUGAUGAUUGAUCCUCAGGGUCAGGCCAACAAAUGGAUCAAAAACUAUGAGAAGAACAAUAAGCUGUGUGUGAUUCGUCUCAACCAGGCCGACUAUACACGAGUCAUGGAGAACGCCAUACAGUUUGGGCUGCCGGUGCUCCUGGAAAACAUUGGCGAGGAGUUGGAUCCCAUUUUGGAGUCAGUUCUGCUGAAGCAACUGUUCAAGCAGGGCGGAGCACUCUGCAUCAAGCUAGGUGACUCUGUGAUUGAGUAUAAUCACAGUUUCAGAUUCUACAUGACCACCAAACUGCGAAAUCCCCAUUACCUGCCCGAGGUGGCUGUGAAGGUGACCCUGCUAAACUUCAUGAUCACCAAUCAGGGCUUGCAGGAUCAGUUACUGGGCAUAACGGUGGCCCGAGAACGUCCUGAUCUGGAGGCGGAAAAGAACAACCUGAUUGUCCAGGGAGCGGAGAACAAGCGCAUGUUGAAGGAGACUGAGGACCAGAUUCUGGAGGUACUCUCCUCAGCCGAGAACAUUCUGGAGGACGAGACGGCUGUUCAGAUUCUGAGCUCGGCCAAGGCCCUGGCCAAUGACAUCAGCGAGAAGCAGAUUAUUACGGAGGCUACCGAGAAGCAGAUCGACAUUGCCCGCUUGAGCUAUGUGCCCAUAGCCGAGCACUCGACCAUAUUGUUCUUUACGAUAGUGGAGUUGGCCAACAUUGAUCCCAUGUACCAGUACAGCCUGGUGUGGUUCGUCAAUCUGUACAUGUCGUCGAUUGAUAACACGGAAAAGGUGGACGACAUUGCGGCACGUCUAUUGGAUUUGCGGAAUCACUUCACCUACAGCCUCUACGUCAACAUCUGUCGCAGUCUGUUCGAGCGUGAUAAGCUGCUGUUUUCGCUCAUAUUGAACAUCAACAUGAUGAAGCACGAAAACAGGAUUGACAAUGCCGAAUGGAUGUUCCUUUUGACAGGUGGCAUUGGCCUGGAGAAUCCCCACAAAAACCCCACAACCUGGCUGGGUGUCCAGAACUGGGAUGAGCUCUGUCGCCUUACCAAUUUGCCCAACUUUAGUGGCAUUCGGGAGAACUUUACCGACAAUCCGGGCAUAUUUAAAUUGUUUUUUGAUUCUAAAAUGCCACAGGAUUUCAAGGAAGUCCCGCCCGCCUGGGAAAAGCGUCUAACUGUAUUCCAGAAACUACUGCUUCUUCGGGUCUUCCGGCCGGAUAAGCUGGUGCCGGCUGUGCUCAAUUUCGUGUCUGGAGAAAUGGGCCAGCGGUUUGUGGAUCCGCCGCAAUUCGAUCUUGCAGCUUCUUUUGGUGACUCGCACUGCUGUGUUCCGUUGAUAUUCGUCUUGACCCCCGGCUCGGAUCCCACGGCUACGCUUUUGAAGUUUGCCGAGGACCAGGGCUUCGGCACCAAUCGUUUGUUCUCGUUGUCCUUGGGCCAGGGACAGGGACCCAUUGCCAUGAAGAUGAUAGACGAAGGCGUCAAAAUGGGCAACUGGGUGGUGUUGCAGAACUGCCAUUUGGCGGCUAGUUUCAUGCCCUCCCUGGAGAAGAUUUGUGAGAACCUGCUGCCGGAUUCCACGCAUCCGGACUUCAGGCUGUGGCUCACCUCCUACCCGGCGGAGCACUUCCCGGUGGUGGUGCUUCAGAACGGCAUCAAAAUGACCAACGAACCACCCAAGGGCCUGCGCUCCAACAUCAUGCGCUCGAUGAUCAGUGAUCCGAUCAGCGACCCGGAGUGGUAUGAGUCCUGCACCCAGCCGAGGAUCUUCAAGCAAUUGAUCUACUCGCUGUGCUUCUUCCACGCCGUCAUCCAGGAGCGGCGGUACUUUGGGCCAAUCGGCUGGAACAUUCCCUAUGAGUUCAACGAAACGGAUCUCAGGAUAUCCCUGAUGCAGUUGCGGAUGUUCCUCAACCAAUACGAGACCGUCAACUACGAUGCUCUGCGGUACUUGACAGGUGAGUGCAACUACGGAGGACGUGUCACUGAUGACUGGGAUCGCCGCACGCUGAGGACCAUUCUGGACAGAUACUACUGCCCCGAGAUCAUUGAUCUGGAGAAGCCGCACUUCCUCGACGACAGUGGCUUGUACUACAUCCCGGUGUUCAAGGAGGUGGACUUGUAUUUGAAUUACACCCGUGAGUUGCCGCAAAUCUCGUCGCCGGCCAUCUUUGGAUUCCAUGCCAAUGCAGACAUAAUGAGGGACCAGAAGGAGACGGAUAUGUUGCUCUCGCACACUUUACUAACUCAGGACACCAGCUCGGGCGGCGACGACAGCGGCAGUUCCAAGGCCCUCACACCCGAGGAGGUCGUCACCAAUGUGGCCACCGACAUCCUACAGAAGCUGCCCAAGCUGUUCGACCGAGACGCCGCCUUGCUCAAGUAUCCGACCUUGUACCAUCAGAGUAUGAACACCGUGCUGGUCCAGGAGAUGGUGCGAUUCAACGUGCUUCUGAAUACCAUUCGAACAAGUCUGAUUACGCUCAGGAAGGGUAUCAAAGGCUUGGUCGUCAUGUCUGCCGCCGUGGAAGCUGUCUACAAGUCCGUCUUGAUAGCCAAAAUACCGGCAAUGUGGGCUGGAAAAUCCUAUCCAAGUCUGAAGCCUCUGGGUAGCUAUGUUACAGAUUUUCUGCGACGUCUUGAGUUCCUGCAGAACUGGUUUGAUCAUGGAGCUCCCUCGACGUUCUGGCUGUCCGGCUUCUUCUUCACCCAGGCCUUUUUGACGGGCGCCCAGCAGAACUACGCCCGAAAAUACGUGAUAUCUAUCGAUUUGCUAGCUUUCGACUACGACGUUCUUUCGCUGGAAGAGACCCAAAUCCAGGGCCUGAAAGCUCCCGAUGACGGUGUCUUUGUGUACGGGAUAUACCUGGAGGGCGCCCGAUGGGAUCGCGUUGGCAAGUAUCUGGCCGAAUCGCGGCCCAGGGAGCUGUUUGAUACGAUGCCUCUGAUUUGGUUGAAGCCGCUUAAACGGGUUGAUCUGCCCGAUCGGCACAACUACCUUUGUCCCUUGUACAAAACGGCAGAGCGGCGGGGAGUCCUGUCCACCACAGGACACAGUACUAACUUUGUGGUGGCCAUGUUGCUGCUUUGCAAUCCCAGUACCCCGACCUCCCAUUGGAUCAUUCGGGGUACGGCACUGCUCUGCCAGCUGAGCUUCUAAGAGUUUUUGGUUUGUUCGGCUUGAAAAUGUAUAUUUCUUAAAUAUUAUGUGGUGGCUAAAAUAAACGUGAAG